AUGGUAAAUCCCGAGCUGCGCCGACAGGUCAUUAACGUCUAUAAAGGAAGGGAAUAUCCUCUGGGCUAUCAGUAUUUCCGAGAUCGGUUACACCGUGCGUUUGCAAGUCAGACUCAGAUUACCGACGAGGAGCAGAUUCGCAAGGGGAUAGCGAGGGCUGAGUUUGUGAAGAAAGGUGGGUGGUGUCUUUUUUCGCUGGGAUACAUAUCCCUAUACUUGGUCACAGUUGAGAAUUUAUUGCUAAUCAUUUAA